AUGUUCUCCUCACUGUGGUCAGCACUGUUCACUGAGGUCAGUGAUGAAGAGCUCCGAUUUUCUGUUUUCUUCCAAGUCCGAUACAAGAUCUAUUUUAUAAAUGUACUAUAUUUAACCAUCGGAAUGUUAUUGCUCAUCACGUACGGCUCAGCAAACUGUUCAAGAGCGAGAAAACUUGCAAUCACAAAAGAUGCAACACCCGACCAGUCAAAGAAAGCAGUUGUCGAACAUUCUGUACGCAUAAGUUUUCACAAUGAUUUGCCGAAAAGUGAAGGAAGUAGCCAAUGUUCGCCCAAACCUGCAGUCGAACAUCAUGCUAGAAAUCUAUUUAUGAGUCCUGAUCGGACACAGUCGGGAGCAAUUUGCUCGAAGGACAUAGCACCAACCAAACAUACGCCAAAAUUAUAUCUUAAAGCAAAAACUGUUGUCGGAAAAUCUUUGAUAUCCGACAAAGUGAUCACAGAAAAUAAAACCCAUAUAAACGAACUAUCUUUUGGAAAUGAGAAAUUGACUGAUGAUAAAACGCAAAUAUCUGCACCAUCGUCGGAUUUUACGCAGUUGACUGCAGUAUCAGAAGGGAAUAGCAAGCAAUCAUCAAAGACAUUAACAGAGUCAGCAGUUAAUGAAAGCAAAAAACAAGCGCAAUCAAAAAAUGCACAGGAAUAUGAUGAAGCUAUCACACAAAAUAUUUCAAUAAACCAGGUAUUAAAAGCUGCACAAAAUAAGAAAAAGCAACACUCGGAAGUGGAGGAAUCGGAAAGUGUCAGGGACAGUAUUGUUUCUCUCUCCAAGUAA